AAGCUUGGAAGCUCAGGCUUGCACAUCCCUGCUACCUUCUCCCAGAUGUCCAGCAAGGCAGCCACCGGCAGUGACAUAGGACAGGCCCGCCGGGCAGUGGAGCAACUUCGGAUGGAAGCAGGCAUCAAUCGCAUAAAGGUAAGGGUUGGGGCAGGCUUAGAGUGGACACAUCUGGGCAAGGGAACAGGUGGACACCCAGAUGUGGCUGACUUGAUUGGUCUGCAGGUGUCCAAGGCAGCCACAGAUCUGCUGCAGUUCUGCACGGAGCAGGCCAAGACUGAUCCCUUCCUUGUGGGCAUCCCAGCUGCCACCAACCCUUUCAAGGAAAAGAAGCCCUGUGCUAUCCUAUGA